UUUAUUAAUUUUCUAGGUGAUUUAUCUACCAAAUAGAUAUGAACGAGUGACAUGUAACAUUGUCACUGGGGUGUGCAGUUGUAGUGAAAAUGUUGGUACAACAUCUUUCUUCCGUCGUGAAAAAUGAUGAAAGAGUUGAUCUGUAAGGAUCUCCCUGGGUAAUUUUGACGUAACUUUCUCUUUAGACCUGAAUGUGUUUUACUGGAAGAUUUCAAAAAUGUCUAAAUCUAAAGGAUCAUUUGAAAAAAAAAAGCAUUUAUUAAUUAGACUUAUAUGUAUAGUGACAUAUAGAGAAAGUUAAGGAAGAAUAUUUAGAAAAUUUGGGGAGAAUCGCGCGAGGAGGGGAGAGCACAGUGAAAUGUGACAAUAAAAAUAUCACUUAUUUGUAUGCUAUAUUACGUUGCCGUCUUGAUAUCAAAUAUUUAUGCUACUAAAACCCGCCUCUGUUCUCGUGCAUAUAUAACUAGUAUUUUAACUAAAUUAGAAUUUUUGACUAUUUCCUAUAAUGCAGGGUCUUUACAACUGGUAAGUACGAUGUUGUUCUCAUGUUCUCAGAUCUAAAGAGAUAUCGAUGUGAACAGGACGCGUGCAGCUAGCAGUGAUUGGGACACUGGUGUUAUAUUAACACGGGUUUUAAAAAAUCUUUGGCAUUACAUAAAAAAAUAUUUGUCCGUGGGUAAAACAAAGCAAAAACAAGCAACUUUUCAAUCCACGUACGUGGCCUUCAUGAACAGUGCACCCCCCAUCUUGAGCGAAACCAAGCUAGCUGGGACCUGUUUAUAAUGGAGUAGCUGAUAUUUAGACUAAUGGAGUCCAUACGUACGUUGCACACUUCGUUGGAAUAUCUACAGUAUAGGCACCACCAGUAUGGGUGACAUAGAGAUUCACUGCGCUGCAGGAGAUGGAAAAAUAGAGAGAUUACAGCGUCUGCUGACUGACAGGCAGCGCGACAUCAAUCACCAGGACGGGUGGAAGAGGACCCCACUUCACAAUGCUGCCAGUGGCGGCCACACAGAUUGUGUCAAGUUUCUCAUCCAACAUGGGGCGGAUACCAAUAUACAGGACAUGUGGGAGAGGACGCCACUUUACAAGGCUGCCAGUGGUGGCCACACACAAUGCGUCGAGCUUCUCCUACAACACGGUGCGGACACAAGUAUACAGGAUCGGUGGAAGAGGACGCCGCUUCACAAGGCUGUCAGGAGCGGCCAUACGGAAUGUGUCCAACUUCUCCUCCGUCACCGGGCGAAUACCAGCAUACAGGAUGAGAAUUGGAUGACACCACUUCACCUGGCUGCCAGAGGCUGCCACACAGAAUGUAUCCAGCUACUUCUCCAACAUGGGGCGGAUACCAGUAUACAGGACGUGCGGGGGAGGACACCACUUCACUGGGCUGCCGUUGUGGGUCACACACAAUGUGUCCAGCUUCUCCUCCAACACGGGGCGGAUGCUACUAUACAGAAUGAGAAGAAAAAAAUACCAAGAAUGUUGGCAGAAGAAAAACAGUGCCUUGCCGUAGUAGAACUGCUGAGGCGUUUUGAAAAUCAUGAUGUUAAGGUGUACAUUCAAACCAGGACUUUGGAGUAUCUUGCGGAAAUAUUAGACCCUCAAGAAUAUAGCAUAUUUAACCUGACCAACUUGGACCCGAACUUUCAUGAUCUGUUUCAAUUCGGAAAAAUUCAAGGAGUGAAAGAUUGGCUUGCUAAGAACAAUUACACCACUAUUAAAGAUAUAAGCGAUGGACUACUGGCUGCAAACCUUCUGCAACUGUCCCGUGCGGCAGUAGAGUAUUAUGCUGAGGUGGUAAAGAAAAUUUCAAAUAUGUCCCCCGAUGAAUUUGAAGCACUCUGUAGAACCCUGACUAUCGCAAAGUACAUGUACACACCAAGUUCAACAACCUGUGGGCUGAAAAGUACCAGUGUACCUUUGGACCAAUGCCACCAGGACGCGUUCAUUGCGUUCGCUGAAGAGGAUGAACCCACCAUAGAACCAAUUGUACGGCAGCUAAAGAAAUUAGACAUUCAGUGUUGGUACUCCGAGGAAGACCUCAUUCCUGGAAGAUAUGAGUAUAAAGAAACUGUUAUGGCGAUCAGAUCAUCUAGGAUUUCCAUCUUGUUCCUGUCCAAAAGUUUUAUCCAGAAUCUUGGGUGCAACUACGUGAUGGAGAAUAUCAUACGGAAUGCAACAGAGAAAAAGCAUGGCGUUAUCCCUGUUGUUAUGAACAUAACGCCAGAGGAAAUUCCUGAUGGAUUACGCAGCUGGAAACAUUUCUUUUUCGAUGAUCAGGAGCUCGUUUCAAAUAUUUUGGCAGCUAUAAAAGGACCAGAAAACACUCCCACGUAUGGCCAAAUUCGACACGAGAACAAGGUUUUACGAGACCAAAACGAGGUUUUACGAGACGACAACGAGGUUUUGCGACACAAGAACAAGGCUUUACUAGAAGAGAACGAGGUUUUGCGAGACGCGGUCCGGUAGCUGUCGUCUAACAGAGCCAAUAAGUGGAUAUCAGUCGAUGUAAAGUCAUAUUAUGUCAUAGACAAAACUGAGUCGGAAAUGUGUCAAAUGAUCAUAAGAUUACCGCAGGGUAGAGUGUACUUUAAUUCUUGCUGUGUAAGUGAAGUGUUAGUGCGAGUCCACCUUUAACAAGAAUAUGAGGUUUAAAAAAACAAACCCAGGGCUGACGCUAUAGGUCCGCUUUCAGAACAAGUUGGUCCGCCGACUAACAGAUCCGUGGAUCAAAUAUGGCUGACUCACUCAAAAGCAAAGGCGCCUAAUCCCCUAAUGGACUCCCCGCUUCCCGUACUUGAAGGGGCUCAGUAAUUAAAUCACAGGGCCAAGGUUAAACCCGUUUAAUUGUUAAGCCCCAUGUAGGCCUGGAGUGUGUGGUAGGCGGGGAAACCAUCAGGGGAUUAGCGGUAUCGCUUUUAAGUAGGGUAAGUCAUGUGGAAUAGUCAAACUUUUAAAUUACAAUUAUAAAUAUAUUUAAAAUCAGAUGCAUAUUUUUUUUAAAUACCGUGUAUAAAUAUAUUAUUUUAUUUGCUCAAACAAUAACACCGUGAUAGAUUUGUCAGAAAUGGAGACAUUUUAUAAAGUCGCUUCUCCUAGGAAAUGGAAUUGUUUCCAUACAUACUGUAUAUAAUAGACUGUCCAGCUACUUUAAAGGGGAACCCAAUACUUCUCUAUUAAAAAGAAUUGUGAAUUAGGUUUUAUUAAUGACUGUUAAAAGUUUGUGAUCAAGUUUUUUUAUUUCUACUUAUCAUUCUAAUAAUUUCUUAUUUUAAAAUCAAUGUGCCUGCUUUAAUCAAUUUUUACUAGCCUGUUGUUAAUGUUUCAUGUAUUGUAAAGUCUAUUGCAUGAACAAACGAGGAUUUUAGACUUGCAAUAAAUAA